AUGACAGACGUAACCACCAUACUACAAAACCCCGUUCCUCUUUACCUACUCGGAGUCAUCCCAGCUCUCUUUGUGGUUGGAGACGCACCAUUUUCUACUCUCACCUCUAAAAUCCUGCACAUUCUGGUGUGCCUCGGCUGUCCAUUCACGCCCCUGUUUUACUUUCUCCACGUUAAAACCGGUGCAAAUGAAGGUGGCGAUGCAAUCCCUGACUGUUGCGCAUACUGGCUGCCAAAAGACAAAUUUCAAUUUCAUGUUCCAAAUCGUCCGGAAAACAACAUUGUGAAUAUGUGGCCAUUCGGAUACAAGAUUAAAAAACUUGACUUUACAAAUAUUCCCAAUAUUAAAACACGCCUCGUGGAAUGCGUGACAAACGUAUCUUUUCUGGACCGAUUCGUCUGCUUUGUAUCUGGCUACUUUGUUUUUGUUGGUUUUAUUAUCGGAAUAUACAGAGCUGUCGGACCAUGCCAACAACAAGACUGGCCAGCUAUACCAUUGUUACUAGUCUGGACAUUGCCCAUAUUAGUGAUAAGAGUUUGCAAGGGAAAAGUAGUGGUCAGAGAUCCCAGAGAAGCGUUAAAAUUAGUGGAGGGAAAUAUUCGCGUAGAACGCCUUGCCGAGGACAAAACCCGAGAUAUUAGGGGAAAAGUUUUGGCUACACUGCUAAUAAGCAUUGUCAUUCAUUGGUUAACGGUGGUUCUCACCUAUUAUACAAAGCCAGUGGGAUUCGGGUGUCGUUCAAUAGGACUAUCUGUAGUGGCUGGUAUUUGGAGUUUCAACAGCAUCUUAUGCUUUGUGUAUUAUUAUCUGUUCAAUCACUCUCCACCAGGAGUGGAUACCAGUCCCGUUUAUCUUUGGGUAUGCACCUGUGGAGUGGCAGUUGGUGCCUUUUUCAUUUUCUUUAGCGUAAUUAGCAAUAACUCACUUUGGUGGGUGAUUAUGUUUGGAAAUUCGUGUGACGUUUCGUCCUGUUUGAAUAGUGAUAAUGCACAGGAAUAA